AUGGCUUCUUCCCUCAGAAUCGGUACUACCGCUCUUCGGUCUUCCAUUGCGAAGCCGAUGCAGUCCGCUGCCUUCAAUGGCGUGCGCUGCUACUCUUCCGCUAAGGCCAAGUCCCUCAAGGACACUUUCGCCGAUAAACUUCCCGCCGAGAUCGAGAAGGUGAAGAAGCUCCGCAAGGAGCACGGUAACAAGGUCAUUGGUGAGGUUACCCUCGACCAGGCCUACGGUGGUGCCCGUGGCAUCAAGUCCCUCGUUUGGGAGGGCUCCGUCCUUGACUCUGAGGAGGGUAUCCGUUUCCGUGGCUACACUAUCCCCGAGUGCCAGAAGCUUCUGCCCAAGGCCCCCGGUGGUGAGGAGCCCCUCCCUGAGGGUCUCUUCUGGCUUCUGUUGACCGGUGAGAUCCCCUCCGAGCAGCAGGUCCGUGAUCUGUCUGCCGAGUGGGCUGCUCGCUCCGAUGUCCCCAAGUUCGUUGAGGAGCUCAUCGACCGCUGCCCCAACACCCUUCACCCCAUGGCUCAGUUCUCUCUGGCCGUGACCGCUCUCGAGCACGAGUCCGCCUUCGCCAAGGCCUACGCCAAGGGUGUUAACAAGAAGGAGUACUGGACCUACACCUUCGAGGACUCCAUGGACCUCAUCGCCAAGCUGCCCACCAUUGCUGCCCGCAUCUACCGCAACGUCUACAAGGAUGGCAAGGUCGCCGCUGUCCAGAAGGACAAGGAUUACUCCUUCAACUUGGCCAACCAGCUUGGCUUCGGCGGUAACAAGGACUUCGUUGAGCUGAUGCGUCUCUACCUGACCAUCCACUCCGACCACGAGGGUGGUAACGUCAGCGCCCACACCACCCACUUGGUUGGCUCCGCUCUGAGCUCCCCCAUGCUCUCCCUCUCCGCCGGUCUCCAGGGUCUCGCCGGUCCCCUCCACGGUCUCGCUAACCAGGAGGUUCUUAACUGGAUCACCAAGAUGAAGCAGUCCGUUGGUAACGACAUCAGCGACGAGUCCAUCAAGGACUACCUCUGGUCCACUCUGAACAACGGCCAGGUCGUCCCCGGUUACGGUCACGCCGUCCUCCGCAAGACUGACCCCCGUUACGUCUCCCAGCGCGAGUUUGCCCUCCGCAAGCUGCCCGAUGACCCUCUGUUCAAGCUGGUCAGCCAAGUCUACAAGAUCGCCCCCGGCGUUCUUACCGAGCACGGCAAGACCAAGAACCCCUACCCUAACGUCGAUGCCCACUCCGGUGUCCUCCUCCAGUACUACGGUCUGACUGAGGCUAACUACUACACCGUCCUGUUCGGUGUGUCCCGUGCCAUUGGUGUCCUGCCCCAGCUGAUCAUCGACCGUGCUCUCGGUAUGCCCAUUGAGCGCCCUAAGUCCUUCAGCACUGAGGCCUACGCCAAGCUCGUCGGUGCCAAGCUCUAA